AUGAAAAUAGCAGUCAUAGGUUCCGGCCUCGCUGGCCUGACCACGGCUUAUCUACUACGGAAAGAAGGUGCUGAAGUGUACCUCAUCGAACGAUCGCCGGUGUUGGGAUUUCACUCUGAAUCUUUACAAGUGGAAGAAAAGGACGAGGGAGAGAAGAAGGGGAGGAAAGGAUGGGUCGUAAAUGUGCCGAUGCGUGGCUUUCAAGGAGGCUACUACCCCCUCCUCAUCUCGCUCUAUACCCACCUCCAGCUCCCCAUCAUCCCCCAACACUACACCUACUCCUUCUCAUCCGAGUCCGGCACCUACUUUAUCCAUUCCGGCGCAUCGGGCUGGUCCAUACCCUCCCUACCCUCCAAAGCAUUGACCGGUCCCUUCAACUUUCUCCGCGCUUUACUAAACUUGCUUGGGGUCGCUAUAAGCUACUUGCUUUUGGUGGUCUUGUCGUUUUUGGCAUGGCACGAUAUCUUGCCUUCGCAGCUUUCUUCUCCGGACCUGACUGUUGGGCAGUUUACGACACACCUCUCUUCCUUCCUUAACCGUCCCCUGCCCAUACCUUUUAUAGGAUGGUCCCCCAAGACACCUCUCGGCUACGCAUUCGAAUCAUUUAUGGGCACGAUCGUCCUCCCCCUCUUCUCUGCCGUGGGCACUAUGACCCACCAAGACGUCUGCAACCUCCCCGUCCGGAUUCUGCUUGAAUAUCUCCACGUCACCCUCGGGACGGCGCACUACCGCCUAGGAAAAGGGCUGGCUUCGGGGGACGUAACGGCAAGGCUGGUAGGGGUUGUGGAAGAACAAGGGGAGGGGUAUGUGAAUGUGGGUACGGAAGUGAGGGGGUUGGAGUAUGCUGUUGGUGGGGGUGUGAGGGUUAAGCUGAGGCGUGUGUCCGCCAACGGGGACGGAGACGGGAAUCGGGAAGGGGGAGGGGGUGGGGGUGGAGAAGAGGGGGUGGAGAGUCUAAGAGUAGACAAAGUUGUGCUCGCAACCCAAGCAAGCGUCGCGAGGCCGUUACUUGAAGAUCUUGAGGCGAAUUUGAAGACGUGGGGUGAAGAGAAAGAACGGAGGAGGGUGAGGCGGAUGGCGGAGGCUUUGCAGAGUGUCAGAUGUAGAGAAACGAUAGUGAUCAACCAUAAAGAUACUUCCCUCCUCCCUUCUUCCCCCGACCGGCGGUCUAUCAAUCUUCACCUCCCCUCUUCCCCCUCCCCCUCCUCUUCUUCUGCUGCACCCCCACCAGCUCACGAAGAUGAAGGCGAAACACCAUUCUUCCCCCCUUCUGGGGAGAGCGUGUAUACAAUGGCGACGGAGGUCAUCGUGCCGCCCCAAGGCAGCGGCGGCGGGGAGGUGGUGUUGCAGACUACGAACCCGGUGGUGCCUAUUGCGAGGGAGAAGGUUUUGAGUGUUUCGAGGUUGGAGCGCGCCCUGGCCCUCAAAGACCCCCUCGCCACACUACGAAACCUCCAACCCCACUCCCCCAACGCCCUCAUCUACCUCGCCGGCUCAUACGUCCACCCUGGCAUCCCGCUGUUGGAGGGGUGUGUGGCGAGUGCUAGGAAGGUUGUGGAAGGUGUUUUGGAGGGGGAUAGGUAUUACCAUGUGAAAAAGUUGGGGGAAGGCAAAGGGAGGGGCGAGGGGAAGGAUUUGGGAGUGGGGAGGAAGGUUGGGAAGGGAGGGAUCAAGGGGAAGGGGAAGCGAGGGGUUGGAGGGGUUGAUUGGAGUGUGGGAGAGGGGAGUAAGGUGGGGAGGGUUUGGAGGUGGAGGUGGAAUAAGGAGAGUGUUUGGUGUUAG